UUCCGCUGUUUGACUUGCAGUGGAGAUCAGACAUUCUGUCGUUCUUGCAUUGUCAAUGCUCACCAGUUUUUGCCCUUCCACAAGGUUCAAGAGUGGACUGGGAAAUGCUUCAACGACACAUCACUUGAAGAAUUGGGUUUUAUCUGGUAUAUGGGCCAUGGGGGACAACCAUGUCCA